GAAAUCUCACCAAGGCAUUUACGACGCAGAUCUUAGGUAUUUGUCUCGAAAGUUUUGUGGACGCGUGAUAAUGGUAAUUUUAUAGUGUGUGGUAGGCUCCGUCUAAUGCUAGUGAUUGCAAGUUUUUACUUUUGGAAGCAGUGUGGUGAAGGACUGGCAACAUCACUGUUGGACCAAUCAGCAAGCAUCUGUGAUAACCAGAAUGGGUAACCUUUUGAGGCUGUUGGCUCGUGAUGACUGCUGCUCAGUGCAAAAAUAUGACAUCUUUCUAGACUUUGAAAACGCCGAGCCGACUGAGAGCGAGCUAGAGACAUGGACCGAGGUGCGCCGUGUGCUGGACGAGUCGCGUCAGAUGCUCAGCGAACUGCAGCAGUACAAGGGCGCCGCCAAGGAAAUCAGAGAGGCUAUCUCCAGUCCCAGUGAUGACACUCAGGCGCGCGCCUGGGAGGCGGUCGUCCCGCUCGUCUUCAUGCUCAAACGAUUCUACCUCUUCUCACUGCAAAUAGACCGGAUCGUCCCUCGGAUUCUGUACGAGCUCUGCUCGGGCCCGAUGACACCGGCUGUCCAUCUGGAGACACAGCAGGCGCUCGUCAAACAGUUCGCAGACAUUCUCGAGUUCGUGCUCAAGUUUGACGAGAUGAAGAUGAACACGCCGGCGGUCCAGAACGACUUUAGCUUCUACCGGCGCACGCUCAACAGCCAGCACUACCGGCGACGUCAGGAGCAGCCGGACGACGCGGCCGGCACGCUGGACAACGAUACCACCAACCGCAUGUCGCUCUUCUACGCCGACCCCACGCCCAUGCUGAAGACGCUCAGUGACGCCACCAGCCGCUUCGUGCGCGAGCACAAGGAGGUUCCCGUUGAGAACACCACUGAGACCCUCGGCACUAUGGGGAAGGUGUGCCAACGCAUGCUGGAAAACCCGGCGCUGAUCGCCCGCUUCCGGCACGAGGAGACCCAUCUCUUCAUACUGCGAGUGAUGGUGGGCCUCAUCAUUCUGUACGAUCACGUGCAUCCGGCCGGCGCCUUCGUCAAAGCAACCAACCUGGACAUCAAGGGCUGCAUCAAAGUGCUGAAGGACCAGCCUCCAGCCAACUCGGACGCACUCCUGAACGCCCUCAGGUACACAACGAAGCACUUGAACGACGAUAAUACUCCGAAACAGAUCAAGACUCUGCUAGCUGUCUAGCUUCGGGAAUCAGUUUCGGAGAUGGCUGCCAGUCUUGCGGCCGAUGGGAGAGACUGAACUUGGUCAAAUGUGCGCUAGAUGGCAGGACGUCCGUCUGCGCUCGGCGCCACCCAAAGAGCGCGAUAGCCAUUCGGUGCACGUCGUGUGCAUGCUUCGCUAUUGUAAUACUCGAUUUCCAGUUUUGUACGCCGUUUGUUACGACACGCGUUGCACGUAUUCGGGCAAUGUGGCGCGGAUGGCGUGAUUUUAUUUCAACGCAUGUGCUAACACUUCUCUUAGAGGACUAGCAACUUUUUGAGAUGUUUGUAGUGCAUUUGUAGUCUAGUGAUUUGCGAUCGGAUAUUGAUUAACUUGUACAGGACGCGUCCGAGUCGAAUUCGUGGUACCCACCUGGCUUGCAGUGUGCUGAGGCGAACGCACAAGAGCUUACGUCAGGACUAACGACACUGUUUGUUGUGUGAAACGUUUUAUCUAGAUUGUAACUCCAAAUUGUGUCGAUUGAUUUGUUAUUCAGGAGAGUCAUACAUGGGUGACUCCGCCCCAUAUAUGUUAUGAUCAGCCGUAUCGUUGUGUGUAAUCAAUUUUUGUGUUGUCUUUCAAAACGUUUCUGAGAACUGUUAAUAGUCAGCAUUGUGAUUAUUCUGGCACCAAAGCAAUCGUUGAUGAUUUCUCCACGUCGCUCUCUCGUCUGUUAGUUUUAUACUUUUUUAUCCUCCUUAUGAUCGGUCACUCAAAUGGCGGCGUCUAUAUGAUUUACCUUUGGUGAUCUGUCAGUCUGUAUCCUGUCUCGCGCUGUCCCAGGCCACUCCUGUGGCGCCGCGGCCGUCGCCAUGCGCGCACAAACACACGUUGCUCGCUGCGCCGUCUUAAGCGUGUUUCCGCUCGAGAGUUGUGAGUGCUCGCCAGCGUCCCGGCACGGAACCAGUCACGCGGACCACGCUCUACCCCUCUGGCUUGCUUGGCGCACGUGUGGUGCGCCCGCCUGUUGUGUACCGGAUCGUGUGCUUUAUACUGCGUGCACGGCGCUGCUCACUGGACCGGUUAGUGAAGUGCACGCCGGCCGGCCGUCUGCUCAGUUCGUUAUAUUGCGUUACCAUUGUUACCCUAAGUGUAUUGUUUAUCCCCGUCGUCCCUUCCCCCGUUCCCCGAGUCCAGCGAAGGAUGCUGGGUUGAUGGAGCGUAUGUGAGCCAGCUGCCACGAACCUUGCCUGGACGCGAGUCCCCAUGCGGAGGUACUGGACGGCUUUCGUCGCUCUUGGCGUGGGUCGGCUGUGCCGGCCUGUGGUCCUAUUCAAUGUCGCUCCAUCUGUGUGGGCUAGCCUGUUCUGGUGUCCGACUCAAUGUCCUGAGACGAAGGACCGCUCCUGAAUCACGCACUAUGCUCAUGGUGGACCACGAUUGCUUGUCCAAAGUGUGGAGUUCUUAAUCAUCUGGAAAUGAUUGAUGACAAAUGGCGAGUAUCGCCGUGCACAAAGACAAAUCUGGAACAAAGGAUGGUUGACGGGGCACAAAGACUGGUGGUUGUGCGCAGUGGGACUCUGUGCCCGUUUUGUCGCGUGUUUUUCACAUCGGUACGGAACUGUACUAGUGCGCGCAAUCGCUGUGUCGGCGGUGUGAGCACGGCUUGGUGCACGACCCCUGCCCCCCCCCCCCCCCACCGCUCACUGUACAACGCUCGCAGUACCGACGACGACGACACAGGCCGGGUCGGCGGCGGGCGGACCGACGGCCGAACGGGUGCGCUUUACCGACACGAAACAUCAUUCAUCGUUUUACUUCUGUGUCGUGGAAAAGAUCACAUUUACGCACUGUUUCUAAAAGAAGAUAGGAAAUGUGCGAUUUUUAACAUCUGUGCUGUUUUGUUUGCGACCAGACAUUCACAGGAAAUGUUUUUACUGUUUCAAUCUUUUCCGAGCGGACGAUGUCACCGCGGUGUUUUCUGUAGACUUUACGAACGUCAAGGACUGUGUGUCUGCUGUCGGUCCACCCGCUUGACCGAACCGAACUGUCAAUACAGGGCGUCCGUUCUAA